UUUGUACUAUUUCUUCUGAGAGGAGUGAAGCAGUUUCGAUCUUCGUUUAUUGCUUGUUAUCUAUGUGGCCUUGCUAUAAGAAUUAUUCUUUAUCUGGCGUUUCUGUUGAUCAUUGGCUUUGUUAACUUCGUCAUGGUUUUUAAAGAGGACGAUGAAGCGACUUUAACGUUCUUCCGUACCAAAGUAGCUAUCAAGACGAUAAUCUGCGCAUGGUACACCAUUCUAAAGAUUUACCUAUUCAUCACAGUUCAUCGGUUUUAUUCCUAUAUAAUUGAAACAACAGCAUAUUUCCGCUUGUCCGCCUACAGACAAAUCGUCACCUUUGGCUCGCCCGUCACUAAACAAGUGGACAAAUAUUUCAACGGACGAAACAGCUUCUCAAGCAUGACAAGUGGUGAGAACGCAACCCGCAUGACGAAUCCAGUGGGAGCUCUCCAGCAAGAGCUGUUCCGGUUCACGGUACCUCCAACUUCAAUAAAGAAAAUCCAACCGUGUACUACGACUGUAAAUUUG